UGGCUGGAGGAUAUGCAUGCAUGCCGGCCGAGAACACUGCGAUCUUCCUCCAGGCAGCUUUUCGUCUCUCGUCGGCGCGAGCGUCGGUAUAGGAGGUGGGCGGCCGGUUUUUCUAUAACUGGUAACUGUGCAUCGAGCCGAAGACACACACAGAAUCGCGUACCGUGUAUGUGUACAGCUCCCGUGAGGAAGAGAAAACAGGAACAUGCGGAACGCGAAGCGAGAGUAUUGCAGGGUUGCUCGCGGAUGACGCGUGAAGGGCCGCGCGAGAGGAAGGGCUCUCGCUGGACGGUAGCCGACGGCGACACUCUUUCCUGGUCCAGUGCGGAGGAGGCCGCCCUUCCCGAUUCCGUCCUGGUACACUCCCUCCCUCAGCGGUGGCUCCGGCGGCAAGGGGGGAGGGAUCCCCCACACUGCCCAGCCAAAGCUAUAAAUGGCCCUUUGCAAACGCACGCGCGGUUUCUUGCCAUUCUGGAUUUCGGACAGCUUAGGUGGGGACACAGCGCCGUCUGCGAGACGACAUGACGUCUCAAAUCAAGAUCUCGGUGCUGGCCCUGCUGGCGUGCUGCUUCGCGUUGGCUUCGAGCCAUGCCGGUAUGGAGCACGGCGCAGGACAGCACGUGUACGCGGGUGGCGAGGACUACCCUCACGGAUUCGUGGUGCGCACCGUCCACGAGGGCGAGGACCGGCAUGGCCAUCGGGGCCGGGGCUACGGCCAUGGCCACCGGGACUACGUGAACGAGCCGGAAUAUGUGGUGCGCAGCCCGUACGGCGCUCUUCUUCAGCAGUCUGAGUCGCAGCACAUGUACGCCACCGGUGCAGCAGCGCUGGGCCUUGGAGGCGCCUUAGGCCACGAGCACGCAGCCUUCUUUCCUGGACACAUGGACGGUUACCUGAUGGCGAGAUGAAAUCUCCAACCUGCGGUUGAUUCUUGACGCAGCAACGGUAAGCUGGCAUCCGACUACCCAGGAGCGCCUGCAAUGUCGCCUCUUGAAGCAACGACUUAAAAGUACAUGCCAUAACGCACCCUCAUAUUUUGUAAUAUAGCAUUCAUCCACCAUAACAAAACUUCCACUGUUGUUAAUAAAGAUCCUGCAUAUGUU